AGAUUUGGGGAGGGGGGGGGGCGGAUGCAGUCUUUAUGCAAAACUUAACUUAACUUAUGUAGGCAGAUAAUCAGUUCCGGAAAUGUGAGUUCCUGCAAAGAAAUCAAUUUAAUUUAAAGGUUUAAGAAAUGAUUUCAAAAACCUGAGCUCGACACGGGAGAAGAUUUUUUUGGAAUCAGAUAAAAAGUAGACAGUUUUGUAGAAGUGUUUCGGGAUUUAUUUAAAUUUCUUCAUUCAGAGAAUCAGUUUGUUACAAAAAAAUCUGACUUUCUGCAAAUAAACAACAGCAACAAUUUGAUUAAUUUUGAUUAAAGCUUCAAUUAAUGAUAGACAAGUUUCAGACUGAAAGUUCAGUCUGAAACUUGGGAAAAAGUAGCCAAUCAAACACCAGAAGGUCUAUUUAGACAGACAGACAAGUAGAUAGAUAGAUAGAUAGAUAGAUAGAUAGAUAGAUAGAUAGAUAGAUAUUGUUUCAAAUAAAAUAGGAAAUUAUAUUUAGUAGCAGUGCCGGAGCUUUUAAUCACAUCCUCAAUCCACAAUCUUCCUCAGCAGACGGAAAAAACAAAAAAUAUUUAAACUUGAAUAAUAAUAAUAAUAAAAAUUAGUGUAAUACUUGACACUGGAACAGGAAGGACGGAGGCUGAAGAGGGACAAAAAUACGUCAAAGCAUCUCUGCACAAGAACUCUUCUGCCAUACCUGGAAAAAGCUGGAAAAAGCCUGCAAACUAAUUUUUUACAUGCAACAAAAGGAACCGACUUGCCUUUAAAGCUCUGAUAUAAUAUAAUAUAAUACAUUGUGUUAUAUUAUCCGUGAGCUCACGGCUGCACCCUGUUGUGAUGCUGGACGUGGUGAAGAUGAAGGAGGCGUGCAGGAUCUGCGCCCGCGAGCUCUGCGGCAACCAGCGCCGCUGGAUCUUCCACCCGGCGGCCAAGGUCAACCUGCAGGUGCUGCUGUCCCACGCUCUGGGCCGCGAGCUGACCCGGGACGGCCGCGGGGAGUUUGCCUGCUCCAAGUGCGCCUUCAUGCUGGACCGCAUGUACCGCUUCGACACGGUCAUCGCCCGCGUGGAAGCGCUGUCUCUGGAGCGCCUCCACAGGCUGCUGCUGGAGAAGGACCGGCUGAGGCAGUGCAUCGGAGGCCUUUACCGGAAGAACAACGCAGAGGACGGGACCGGGGCUCCGCCCCCCGGCGCCAUCAUGGCCGUCGUUGGGACCGAUUUGGCGUCCGAAGACUCUCCUGUGGUGGAUCUGUCGGCCCUGCAGGAUGGACGCUACUCUGUCAUGGUCCAGGAUGAUCUGACUUACUCUGAGUAUGAAUCCUGGGCCGAUAUGGACCCCCCCACGCAUCACGACCUCCAGUGCCCAGCGGCGGACUCUGUCCCCGGCCAGAAGCCGAGGCGGUGCAGGGGUUGUGCGGGGCUCCGUGUUGCCGAUUCCGACUACGAGGCUGUGUGUAAGGUUCCUCGCAGGGUUGGGCGCAGGAGCACAUCCUGCGGCCCGUCCACCCGCUACUCAGCAGCCACUCCAGGGGUCGAGGAACCAGCCACAGCCUCCGGAGACUCUGGGGCAACAGCGGUCCCCUUUUUGUCCACUGUGUCCACGUGUGACCAAACGAGUCCCAGCCCGGCAUCGUCCGUAGAAUCUCUCCACACCGCCGUGGACGUGAGCUGCCUUCCUGUGAACCAGAAAGACCAGGAGGAACCAGGAGCAGAGAAAGAUCCACAGGAGGCUCCAGCGGGAAGGGACACUACAUGGGACAAAGACCCAGAUGGGAGCUCCGUCUCUGGGCUUGAGACGACGCUGAGCCUCCUAAGGGGCUGGGAGUACCGGCCGGUGAAGCCUCAGAGGGGCAGCAAGCUCCCAGUUCUGGUCAAAGCCAAGCUGGAGCAAGGCCUGUUGCUGUCCCUGUCCGGCCCCCCCAUGAGGUCCAACUGUGGAGGGGCGGUGGACUGUGAGCUGUACCACCACCAGCCUGUCCCGGAGGUGGUGACCCCGUGUCCGCAGGCGGAGAUGGCCGAGAUGGAGGAGCAGUGGCUGGAUGAAUAUGUUCAGUGUGGGCCGUUCCGCUUUCAGCAGAGGCUGAUUGCCGAGCAGCAGGGUCGGCUCAGCCAGUACGAGAGCGCUGCGGGUCAGUGUGUCGGCGAGCUGCAGAAGGCCCAGGACCAGGUCUGCUCGCUCCAGGCCAAGAUCAGGGAGAGCGAGACCAGGAACCAGAAGCUGCAGGAGCGUCUGGGUGAGAUGGAGUUGGAGUUGCGUUCGGCCCGAGAGGAAGCCCAGCGACAAGAGAGAAGCCUCCAGAAUGUAACUGACGCAGCUAACUCCAAGGAGGCAGAGGCUGCAGAGCUGUAUCAGGUGGUUGAGGAGCAGAAUAAGAUGCUGUGUUCUCUCAAAGAGCUCGCCCACCGCAGCCAGCUGCAGGUGUCGGGUCCAGACAGUGUUCGGGGUCAGGGUGAGGUCCUGGCCCUGCAGGGCUCCCUGUUCCAGGCUCAGCUGGAGCUGCAGGCGGGUCAGCGGGCGCAGCAGCAGGCCAGCAGGACGCAGGAGGACCUGAGCCGAGCCCUGCAGCGGCUGGAGGAAGACCUGCAAGGGGCGCUGCAGCACCGGAGGGACACCGAGAGACACAACCAGGACCUGCAGCUGGCUCUGGAGAAGGCUCGAUCGUCUCUGCAGGAGAGGGAGGAGCAGCUGAGGGCGAGCGAGGCGGAGCGCCAGAGGCAGGACGCGGAGAGAGAGAAGCUGGUCAGAGAGUUGAGGGCGGCCCUGCAGACCAAAGACCAGCUGAUGGAGGACUACUGUCAGCUGCUGGAGGAUCCGAAGGAGAAGAGAGACUCUCUGCUUCAGAAACUCCGCCAGCGAAUCAAGGAGAGAGACCGAGCUCUGGAGCGAGCGGUGGACGACAAGUUCCGCAGCGUGGAGGAGAGAGAGGAGGAGACUCGUCGGCUGCAGCUGCUGCUCAGAGAGCGGGAGAGAGACCUGGAGAGGCAGCGCUGCGUCCUCGCCAACAACGAGGAGACCAUCGCUAGCCUGGAGGUGCUGCUGCGGGGGAAGGCCCUGGAGCUGGAGCAGGUGUGCGACGCCUGGCGGAGCGUCCAGCGUCAGCAUCACGAGGGCGAACGGAGACAGAGCGGCGUCCUGGCGGAGAGAGACGCCAUCAUCAGCCAGCUGCAGGCGGCGCUGCACACCUGCACGCAGGAGGCCCAGGACCUGCGCUGCUCCCUGCUGGCUCCCAUCCAAUCAGCUCCCCACGACGUUCUGGAGGAGCUGAAGGUCCGCCUCCAGCUCAAGGACCGCCUCUUCCAGGAAGUACUGGCCGACCGCACCCAGCAGGCCCAGCAGCACCACAAGCAGGUCCAGGAUCUGCUCCGAACCAUCAGCUCCAGGGACCAGUACAUCCAGGAGUCUGCGGGCCGGCUCAGCGAGGUGAUGGGCGAGCAGACCGGGAGGAUCCAGGAGCUCCGCAGACAGCUGAGCCCAGGCGUCGGGUCAGGGUCAGGGUCUGGCUCUGGACCGGACCCGGCUCUGGAGCUGCAGGCCGUGCAGGACGAGCUGCGUCUGGCUCUCAGGAGGGAGGCGGAGAGCCAGGAGCUGAGCAGGAGUCAGGCCGCCAGGGUGGACGCCCUCACCACCACGCUGCACGUGAAGGACGAGAUCAUCCGGGUCAGUGAGAGAGAGAGAGAGAGACACAGAGAGAGAAAAAGUGAGGUUGAGAGAAAUGUAAAUGACAUACUAAUCACGGUAGAAACCUUCUUUUUUCUCCUCUUUCUUCUACUUGCAGAACUGAGCUCAGAGGAUGAAGACGAGGCCGAUGAUGAUCUAAACAGCGAGAGCGUCGAUGAAGACGAGUCCAGACUGAGGGUCCGGUCUCUGGCCAACACCAAGGGUCGUGGAGGUCCAGGGAAAACUUCAUCCCAGGAUCAGCUGUUUGAGAGGCAGGGACUGAUGGAGGUCAAACAGCUGGUGGAGCAGAAGAGGGCGGUGGAGAGAGAGCUGGGGGAGCUGAAGGCUCAGCUAGAGAAGGCCGGCUUCUCCUCACUCUCACAGAUGAGGAAAGCUCUGUUCAGCCUGCAAGCCGAGAUCGGAGACUUAAAGCAUCGGCUGGCUGGAGGGCUGCAGCCCGACGCCAAACACAGCGCCGGACAACAGUUGUCGGAUGACGAAGACGAGGAGGAAGAGUUGGAUGUGACCAUAGAAGGGAUGGAGGAGGAUGAAGAGGAAAUCUCCGAGAUGUGGGACGCAUGGGAUGGCGAGCUGACAAACAUCCAGCCCGACGAGGACCAGAGAGCCGAUAGACCGGAGACACUCUCCGAGUCCUCUCAGGAUGUCGUGGACAGCGUGUGUCCUGCCGGUCCGCAGCAGGACGCCGCGUCCUCGCUGAACGGUGGGAAGACCGUCCGUCUGCAGCAGAAGAGCAGAGAGCUGCAGGAGAGGCUGAUGGUGUCUGAAGCCACGGUGCAGGCUCAGGCCGAGCAGCUCAAAGACUACAGGGAGCUGCUCACGGAGACAGCCGUGCAGCAGGACAGUAAGCAGAUCCAGGUGGACCUGCAGGACCUGGGCUACGAGACCUGCGGCCGCAGUGAGAACGAGGCCGAGAGGGAAGACACCAGCAGCCCAGAGUUUGACGACCUGGAGAUGUGCACCUCUCUGGACUGUGGUUCCCAGUGGUGGCCUGCCAAAACCAGCAGCAGCUCCACCUUAACUAAAGGAACCCCCCAGGGCUCCGGUGACGGAGACGAGAUGUCCUCUCUCCAGCGCCUGGUGGAGGACCUUCGCUCCCAGCUGUCCCGGUCCCAGACGGUGAUCCGCGGCCUUCAGAGCCGCCUGCGCUCCAAGUCCACCUCCAGCGACCACGCACCCUCCACCCCUCGCAAAGUCAACUGGUCCUUCCAGGCGUCGGAGGACGACGAGGGCUGGCAGUCGUCUGACGGGGGUCCCCUGGCGUCGCCCUGUCACCCCCACCCGAACAGGGGCCUGCAGGAGCUGGCGUCCCGCGUGGACGCACUGGAGGACCAGCUGAGGAAAGGAGGCAACAAGUCCAUCAGGGAGGACGUAAAGUCUGCCACCUGGCCAGGUAAGUUCGAUACCCUGAUCCAGGCUCAGGCCCGGGAGCUGUCCCACCUCCGCCAGCGGCUGAGGGAGGGUCGGGGCGUGUGCAGCAUCCUCACGCAGCACCUGGGCGACACCACCAAGGCCUUCGAGGAGCUGCUGAGGGCCAACGACAUCGACUACUACAUGGGCCAGAGCUUCAGGGAGCAGCUGGCUCAGAGCGGCGCUCUCGCCCAGCGAGUUGCCGCAAAGAUCAGCGGACGAGAUCAUGCAGAAGAUCCAGAUGAGAAAACAGAGCUGCUCGCCAUCCGGCUCAGUAAGGAGCUACAGCAGAAGGACAAGAUCAUCGAAUCUCUCCGCUCCAAACUAAACCAGCACCACCACGAUCCCCAUCGUCCCCGCUCUGACACGCCCUGCAGCAGCCACGCCCUCUCCGACACCACCGACCAAUCGGAUCGCAUCUCCUACGUGUCCGACGAGCGCGGAUCCACCAACGGGGAGCUGGACCUGUGCUCCGACGUGGACGCCGUCAGCGAGCUCGGCCAGAAGGACGCACACUCGUCCACCAGAGUCAGCACAGGCAGCCACGCUCGCAGUGCGAGCACCAUGUCACCUCAUCCGUCCGUCCCUCCAUCCAUCACCUCGUCCGUCCACACAGCCCAGUCCUGCCUCAGCUGUCCCAGCAUGCAUUGCCCCAGCUCGCUGCACAAACCCGCAGCAGACGUGCAGAGCCACGCAGGGUUCUCCACCCCCCAGUCCAGACCCCCCCAGGGGGUCCCGUUCGCCCAGCAGCAGCCCCCCGACCCCUCUGCCUUCCUGCCUCUCUCCUACCACGGAUACCAGGCUUCGCCUUUCGCCAGCGGCCUGGACGCCGGCUCCGCGUUGAAAGCCGGCGCCAGUCUCCUGGAGAGCAGUGCAUUGUGGGAUAUGAGCUACGGGAACCGGGCAGUGAGACUCGGAGCAGACCUGUCUUCGGGAUCCUCGGGGUACCAAUCAGGAACCAGCAACACAGGUUCAGACCUGAUGAAGGAGCAUCUGAGAGAGAUCAGGGGUCUGAGACAGAGACUGGAGGACUCCAUCCAGACCAACGACCGCCUCCGACAGCAGCUGGAGGAGAGACUGGCCCGCACCGCCUCUGAGAAAGGUGCUCCUACUAACAUCUACAUCCAGGGUCUGGACUCGGCCGGCCAGCUCUCCAGUGAGAUCCGACUUCUGAAGGAGGAGAACCUCAGUCUGCAGAACCAGCUGAAGCAGGCCGCCAGAGAGGGCACCAAGGAGGCGGAGCAUCUGAAGAAGGCGGAGUUAGAGGCGGAGAGGUGGGCGGAGCAAAGCAGGAAGCUGCAAGCAGAGACCGAGGCUCGCAGGCUUGAGAUUGCACAGUUGAAACAGGACAGACAGAAGAACCAGGAGGCCAUCAACAGACUGCAGCAUGAGGUGAGCGUGGUCCAGCAGCAGCUCUGUGAGAGUCGCAGUCUGGUCCUCUCUCUUCAGUGUGAGCUGCAGGUGCAGCGCCGAGUGUGUGAAGUCAGCACAAACACACACGCAGCAGGUCAGGCCAGUAAGGAAGCCAAACAUGGACACAGCGCUGCGACCUUUGACCCCAGAGAACUACACGUUCAGCUGGAGCAGCAGCUGACCGGACAGGCCGACUCACAGCCUCGAUCCAGGAGACAGCUCUUCACCGAAAGCGUCCCGUCCCCGCCUGUGAGAGACACUGGACUCGUCAGUCCUUCCUCUCCUCUGCAUCCUGCACAGAAACAAGCAGCCGAAACCGGAGCAGCCUCCACCCUGCAGGGUCCAGCCCCAGUCCCAGCAGCCUCCACCCUGCAGGGUCCAGCCCCAGUCCCAGCAGCCUCCACCCUGCAGGGUCCAGCCCCAGUCCCAGCAGCCUCCACCCUGCAGGAUCCAGUCCCAGCAGCCUCCACCCUGCAGGGUCCAGCCCCCGGCGGCUCAUUCUCCAACAGUCAUGGCGGCCAUGCAGUGGGCCACAUUGAGGACUUCCAGGCUCUGCAGCAGCAGAUCCUGCAGGGCGGCGCUCUACUCCGCAAGAUGGAGACGGCCGUAAACUCCCUGAGUGGCCCACAGGAGCUCAGCCUUCACCAGCCUCCAGACUCAGGAUCCAUCAGGAGGCUUCUGUCCGACACUAAAAGCCUGCGCCAGAUCCUGGAGGAGGCCGACUCGGUGCUCCGGAUGUUCUGGAGAACCGCUCUGCCGGACCACGAGGACCCCAAACAGGAUCCGUCUCUGAGGGAGGAGGUCGUCUCUCUCCGUCUGAGGCUCUCGGAGCGAGAGCAGGCUCUCCAGGACGCCAUGGAGAGACUCAGGAGCUCCAACCGCACCAGAGAUAGCAUGGAGCACUUUAUAGUCAACCAACUGUCGAGAACGCGGGACGUGUUGAGUAAAGCAAAGACAAACUUACAGGAGAACCAGCUCAGGAUCUCCUCCCUCCGCCGUGUCUCUUCCUCCCCCUCGUCCUCCUCUUCCUCUUUCUCCCCCUCCUCCUCCUCUUCCUCUUCCUCACACCCCUGGCCUGGUAAAGGUGAAAACACAGGAGGUUUCUGUGAGCUCGCCUUCUCUCCUGGUCGGGGUGUCGUGAAGCCUCGGACCUCCUCCUCCUCCUCCUCCUCCUCCUCCUCCUCUUCCUCUGCUGUCCCGGGACGGUCUUAGCACCAGCGCCCCCUGCAGUCAGCCCUCCUGCAGUGCACCAUCUCAUUGUCAGACUGAUUCGGAGAUUCUGGCUCUCUGGUUGUCUGGAGAAACCUUUCAGCUGUGCGUUGUCCGUGUGUCGGAGCGUGUUGUCAGAGUCCUGCAGGUUCACGAUGCUUCAUUGUGAUUGGCUGAGGCCAUCAACUGAAGCGUUUCCUCUUAUUUAUGUGAAACCGGACUGAGUUUGGCUGAAGUUGGUUUAUGAUUCACAACUUUGGACUAAGCCUUUUUUUCAUUUUCACAGAUAAAAUCUAAAUUCUACAAAUAUG